UUAUUCUUCAGAGUUCCUUCCAAGGAUGACUUUUACUGAUGAAGACAUUGCAAUCUUGAAGUCAUCCUUGGCUGCACAUGGCCAGGAACAUCUUUUAGCUCACUGGGAAGACCUAUCAUCAGAUCAAAAAGAUGAUCUUUAUCGAGAUAUACAGUCGAUCGAUUUUACCGAUCAUCUGAAGAGCUUUAAAAGAUGUAUGCAAAAGGAACUCUCUGCACCUGGAAAAGAGGAUUAUCUCAAGCCACUACCCCCUGAUGCAUGUGAAAGUGUAUUCAUUUCAAAUAAGAUCAAUGAAAAGUGGACUAACCGAGGGCUGAAAGAGAUAAGUGAAGGGAAAGUUGCUCUGCUUCUAAUGGCUGGUGGUCAGGGUACACGUCUCGGUGUCCCUUAUCCUAAGGGAAUGUACAAUGUUGGAUUGCAAAGUAGCAAGUGUUUAUAUCAAUUACAGGCUGAGCGUGUACGUAAGCAAGAACAAUUGGCAGCUGAAAUGUACGGAUCCUCCAAAGCUAUUAGAUGGUACAUAAUGACCAGUGAACAUACAAAGAAAGCCACUGUUGACUACUUCAAAUCUAAUGGAUGGUUUGGUUUGUCUGAAGAAAAUAUCAUCUUCUUUGAACAAGAAAUGAUACCUUGUUUAUCUCUUGAUGGAAAAGUGAUAAUGGACAGCAAAUUUUCAAUCGCUAGAGCACCAGGUGGUAAUGGUGAUCUGUAUAGGUCCAUGGGAAAUGAAGGAGUGCUGCAGGACAUGCUCAAAAAGGGUGUCAGGAGCGUACAUUGUUAUUGUGUUGAUAACAUUUUAAACAAAGUCCCUGAUCCACUUUUCAUUGGAUGCUGCCUUGAUCGACAAUCGGAUUGUGGUGCAAAAGUAGUGAGCAAAGCAUACCCCACUGAAGCUGUUGGUGUUAUUUGUGAAUGUAAUGGGACCUGGAAAGUUGUAGAAUAUAGCGAAAUUUCAAAGGAGACCGCUAAUAUGGUUGACAGUGAAGGAAAAUUAUUAUUCUCUCAAGGAAACAUAUGCAAUCAUUAUUUCACAACUAGUUUUCUAACAAAAGUGAUUGAGGGAAAAGAAUCCCAACUCAUUCAUCAUGUUGCUAGAAAGAAAAUUCCAACUAUCAACAGUUCAGGAGAAAGAGUUCUGCCAACCGAGAUCAAUGGUAUCAAGAUGGAGAAGUUUGUGUUUGAUGUAUUCCAGUUCUCAGAGAAGUUCACCGUUCUCGAGGUAGCCAGAAACGAAGAAUUUUCUCCUCUCAAGAAUCCUCCUGGAGCCCCAAAAUGCUCACCUCAGACAUGCUUGGAGGACCUUUCCAAUCAACACAAGAGAUGGAUCAUCAGAGCUGGGGGAACUUUCAAAAAUGAAGGACUAUGUGAGAUCUCACCCUUGGUGAGCUGUACUGGUGAAAACCUUGAAGAUUUAGUCAAGGACAAAUUUUUCAGUUUGCCUUUACAUCUUGAAGUGACACACAAAAAUGGUUACCACAACGGACACACCGGUACAAAUGGGUUACACAGCAAGCUUUGAGAAGGAGCUCACUUGAAUUGUAGUGUUAUAUAAUAGUCGUUUUACCGAUGAUUGAUUUUUUCGGAACAAGCCUUAGGGUUAAUAUAAGUCUUUGCAAUGAUUUUGUGUGGCAGCGAUGAAACUGAUGAACAUUUUACUUAAACGAUAACUCAUUUUCCCAGAUCAGUAUGUUGCAACUAGUUAGAAUGCGUAAUUCGUGUAGAAUAUCAAGGUAGCUAGAUGAUUUAAUGGCUGAGAAUCAUCACAAUAUGCUGUAGUGUUAUGUUACAUGUUUAACUUAAGGAGCUGACGAACCUAUAAUCAAUAAUAUUUGUAAUUUAAUGUUUAAAUCUCCGAUUGAAUAAAUAUCAGAUUCUUAGAACCUGUUGUAAUAGUAUGUAUGAUAUAAAUUUGAAACAAAAGUUCAUUUUGUUAAUUAAUAAACUUCACAAGCAGUCUUCACACCUUACACUUGCACUUAACAAAUAUCAUUUGUCAUGCAUGGUUUAUCUACUCGGAUUGAUUAGAUUGGCCGGUAUUCUACCCUCCCAAAGAUUAUUUAUAUCUAAAUGAGAAAACAAAUUUGCGUGAAACUAUAUUUGUUCAUUACUGUCGUGAAAGUUUGGCCUCACUUUUUUCUCUCUUCGUGCUCGGAAAUUUCAGUUGAGUAGUGCAUGAUUACUCAGAAAAUGGUUUCUUUUAUGGGCAUAUAAAUAUGAUCGUUUGUUGAUUUUUUGCCAUUGUUUAAGUAAAUUCAAGAAAUAAUUGAUUUUCAAAAUAUAUAAUUUUCAUCUGGAGAUUUUAAGACCAUGGUCACCAAUAAUUAUUAAAGCUGCAUUCAAUUCGUUGUUAAUUUAAUCAAACAAGUAACUUUGCUAUUGAAUUGAGAAUAUGAAAAAUCGUUAUAUUAAGUUACAGCGAGGUCAUCGUUACAAUUUGAUUGAUAAUUAGACUGAAAAAAUAUAAAUUAUAAUGGCUGCAAUAAUUGAAAUCAUAAAAUAGAAUCAUGAUUGGUUUACAAACUCUAUAAUAAUAAGUCUUAAUACAGUAUGUUAAAAGUUUCGUUAAUAGUUCAAGAUAUUUCAAAUUAAUUUCGGCCAGUUUAUUAGACAGUAUGAUUUUAUUUUAGCUAAACCGGUUUAAUCUUUAAAAACUUUGCACGUGUAUGCUGUGUUUCAUAGUUGAUUUCGUUCAUAGUUCAUUAAUCAUUAUAUUAUAUUUCCGCAGA